AUGGUUCUUAAUAAGAACGACCUGGACCGGAAGUUCUCUCCAAAUAAGUCUAAAAAAAUCGGAAAACGCCGCUCGUUAGGCCGGGGACCUCCCAAGCCCAGCACCAGCGGUAGCACCUCCAAAGCAUUGAAAGGCGAUGAAGAGAAAACUAGCAUCAAAGUUAUCGUUCGUGUGCGACCUGCUAAUGAUCGGGAAGAUCAAGAUAAUUUUCGCACCGUCGUUAAAGUCAUCGACGAUAAAAUGAUGAUUUUCGACCCCAAGGAAGAGGAAAAUCCGUUUUUCUACCGCGGCGUGGUCCAGAAAGGCCGCGACCUUCUUAAAAAACAAAACAAAGAGCUCCAGUUUAUUUUCGAUCAUGUUUUCGACAUAACUGCUACAAAUGAAGAAGUUUUCGAGGGAACUACUAAGGAGAUCAUCAAUGACUUGCUAGAAGGUUAUAAUUGCUCUGUCUUUGCUUACGGAGCGACCGGAGCCGGGAAAACGCACACGAUGCUUGGCAAAGAUCACGAUCCUGGGAUAACUUAUCGAACCAUGGCGGAGUUAUUCAACCAGAUAGAUACUCAGAGUGAACAUCGGGAUUUUAAUCUGGGUGUUACUUAUUUAGCCCUCCGCGAAGACGGCCGAGCAGGAGUAGUAGUCUCCGGUCUUAAAAUAAAAACAAUAAAAAACGCUGAAGAGCUGCUGUCUCUGCUAGCCCAGGGUAACAGAAACCGAACUCAGCACCCGACAGACGCAAACGCGGAAUCCAGCCGUAGCCACGCUGUCUUCCAAGUCUACGUGAACAUCACCAAUAAGCUCGACGGCCAAGUAAAGCAAGUAAAGCUCUCCAUGAUCGACUUGGCAGGUAGCGAGCGAGCUUCCGCGACUGGUUGCAAAGGCGCGAGGUUCAAGGAAGGCGCGAAUAUCAACAAAUCGCUCCUCGCCCUCGGCAAUUGCAUCAACAAUCUCGCGGAAGGUAUCAAACACAUUCCCUACCGAGACAGCAAGCUAACUCGUUUAUUAAAAGACUCUCUCGGCGGAAAUUGCCGAACUGUAAUGAUCGCAAACAUCGGGCCCUCUAGUUUAAGCUACGAGGACACCUACAACACGCUCCGUUACGCUAAUCGCGCCAAGAAAAUAAAGACACACAUGACCAAGAAUAUUAUCUCCUGCGAAAUGCACGUCACCGGUUAUAAAAAUCUCGUCGAUGAGCAAAAGAAGGAAAUUGCGAUGCUUAAACAAAAAUUACUGAUGUUAGAAUCUCGCCCACGUAUUAAUUCCCCAGAAAAGGACCAAGAGGACAAUAAAAAAGACCUAAAAGAAUUUAAAGACCGGCUAAUUGCACUAAUGGAAAAUAGAUUGUUGUUAAAUGAAAAAAUCCUCGCGCUUCAGAGCGCUGAUAAAAUUUUAUGCUGCAGAAUUCAGUUUAAAAUCUCAGCUGAUAAGCGGCUGCAAAAGCUGACUAAUAAUCAAGAUUUAUUACCGCAUGAUCAAAACGCCAGUGGAAAGUCUAGAGUUAAUAAAUCGUUGGGACAUUUUAAGAGACAGCGAGAUAUUGUCAAGACUCAGAUGGAAGAAGCUUGGACUGAGUUAAGAAAAAUUGAGAAGAAUCUUGCCGCUUUUGAUGAAGAAGCUCGCAGCAAAGGCUUGGCUGAUAAAUUAGCUGAGACUUACGCUCAGCAAAAGAGUCGCCUGGAGAACGCAAGGAACCUGCAGCAGAUUGAGCACACUAAAAAGAUCAGCAGUCUUCAGCAGUGCGAGUUAGAUUCUGUUGAUACUAUCACCAAGAUGAUGAGCAACACCUUGCAAAGUUAUUACAGUAUGAUGCGAGGCUACGGAACGCUUACAGAAAAAAUGAAACUGGAGUUUAAACAGCUGAUUAAGUCGCUAGAGGGAGUUAGGAAUAUUAAGUGGGCUGAUGCGGAUUUAGGAACUUCUCAGGAUGCUUAUACGCUGAUUUGUCUGUCGACUGAUGAAUUAGCCGAUCCUCUGAGGAUGGAAAUGCCUAUUCAUUUGCCGAGUUAUAAUGAAGAAGAUGAUUCUCCUUCUACUCCACCUUGUUUAGAAUUGGCUGGUAGUGCUGAGGUUAAUAAAAGUUUUGAAGGUACUCCGGAAGGCAUAGGUAAUUCUACUAUCACGCUGGAUAGCGAGUCUCAAGGCUCUCAGGAUGAAGACGGGGAUGAGAAAAGCGGGAUUGAUGCAAGUCAGUUAAACAAUACGUUUAAUUUAGUUGAGAGUAAAGCUAAAAAACGUGUUUUAGUUGACAAGGGAGAAGUGAAAGUUCCGCUGAAACAGGUCAAGCGCCUCUCCCCGAAGAGCAGGUUAGGGGUGGCAAGUGGACUUGUUGCCGGGAAGGAAAAUAAAGCGCAGGGGAGUCAGAAGCCUGUCAGUGUUAUGAGCGCCAAGAGUGUGGCUAUUCUCAAUAAAUUGAAGACUGAACGAGCUAAAUUGGGAAAUACUAGUGAGGUUAAUACUUCUAAUGACUCGACGUUCAAGCUUAUCAGGAGUAAAGAAAGGAGGGAGAUUAAAAAAAAUCAUCCGUAUAUGAAUGCUAAGCCUAAGAUUAAUUCAACUGCGCAAUCAUCUAGAGUCCCUUGGUGA